AUGGCGACUUUUGAGGAAACCUCUGAUCUGGAGGUUAUACAGAAGCAUCUCUUUGAAGACUUGAUGAUCCCUGAUGGUUUCAUGGAAGAUUUAAUCUUUGAUGAUACUGCUUUUGUCUCAGGACUCUGGUCUCUAGAACCCUUUAAACCAGUUCCUAAACUGGAACCUAGUUCACCUGUUCUUGAUCCAGAUUCUUAUGUCCGAGAGUUUCUGCAAACCGAAGCAGAAUCAUCAUCAUCAUCAUCAUCAUCAACAGCAACAACAUCACCUGAGGUUGAGACUGUCUCAGACCGGAAGAGACCAAAGAGGUUCGAAGAGACGAGACAUUACAGAGGCGUGAGAAGGAGGCCAUGGGGGAAAUUCGCAGCGGAGAUCCGAGAUCCGGCGAAGAAAGGAUCCAGGAUUUGGUUAGGCACUUUUGAGAGUGAUAUUGAUGCUGCAAGAGCUUAUGACUAUGCAGCUUUUAAGCUCAGGGGAAGAAAAGCUGUGCUCAACUUUCCUUUGGAUGCAGGAAAGUAUGAUGCUCCGGUCAAUUCAUGCCGUAAGAGAAGGAGAAGCGAUGUACCGGAGCCUCAAGGAACUACAACGAGUAAUUCAUCAUCGUCAUCAAACUAG